AUCAUGCUACAUGUCACAUAUACAGUCGGGGUUAAAGUGUGACUGUGUGAGGUGUUUGGACACAUUGCACGUCGCAAUGAUGGCGAAUUCGUGCGCGAAUCUCUACGAAUAAUGUCGCGGUGAUGAUAAUGAUUGUGCAUUUUAUCACGGGCGCUCGAGGGUGACAGCGAACUCGCAAACGAAUCCGGCCACCUCCCAUCACUGCGUUCAUGACACUUGAAUUUUCCUAAUACAAGCGAGAAUGGGUGUUGGCCUUAAACCAUUGGAGUUUACGGAUUGUUUAACCGACAGUCCGUACUUCCGUGAGAAUCUUCAUUAUCACGAGCGUGAAUUGGAAAAGACCAGUCAGCAGAUCAAGCGGCUCGUUAAAGAGGUCAAAGAUUUAUUGUUAGCCGCGAAAAACUUGUCCAGAGCUCAGAGAGCUUUUUCCAAAACGUUACAAAACUUCAGCUUUGAAUGUAUUGGGGAGAGCCAAACUGAGGACGAAACUCACAUAUCUCAAAGUCUAAAAGAGUUUGGCAAACUUAUCGCAUCUAUAGAAGAUGAAAGGGAUCGCAUGCUGGAACGAGCGUAUGAUCAAAUUAUAUUGCCUUUGGAGAAUUUUAGGAAAGAGCACAUUGGGGGAGUUAAGGAUGGGAAAAAGAAAUUUGAGAAACAAACGAUAAAAUUUUGUCAAAGUCAAGAACGUUAUCUAAAUUUAUCCACUAAAAAACAGGACAAUGUGCUGCAAGAGGCUGAUGCAACAUUGGAGAUGGCUGAAAGACACUUCUCUCAAGCUAGCUUAGAAUAUGUAUUCUUAUUGCAAGAGGUUCAAGAGCGGAAAAAAUUUGAAUUUGUCGAAACGUUAUUGGGAUUUAUGUUUGGAUGGUUGACAUUCUAUCAUCAAGGUCACGAAGUUGCGAAAGAUUUUAAACCUUAUAUGACAGAGCUGCAAUUAAAAAUUCAAAAGACUAGAGAGAAUUUCCUUGCUACCCGGGAUAAAACCGAAUCACUUAUGAAUAAGAUGAAGGAUAUGAAAAAGUCUGCGGUAGAGAGUGGACUGAACAAACUGCAUUCACGCGAAGGCUAUCUAUUCUUAAUGGAAAAAAAAGCGUUUGGUACAACAUGGACAAAACAAUACUGCACAUAUCAAAAGGACAAGAAAGAGUUCACUAUGAUUCCUUACAAUCAACUUACGGGUAAAUUUAGCAGCAAGGAAAUCUUUACAUUAGCUUCUUGCAUACGACGUACAUCAGACACUAUUGAAAAAAGAUUCUGCUUCGAUAUCACUGUCAUUGAUAGGCCUAAUGUAACAUAUACGUUUCAAGCGCUCUCCGAAGAGGAUAGAAAAUUGUGGAUGGAUGCCAUGGAUGGAAAGGAACCUACUUUUCCGCGAUUAGGUUCCUCUGCAAAAUCUGAGGAUACAACAUUGGAUGAAAAUGGUUUUGCGUUUAUAUCCAAAUGUAUCAUAGCCCUCGAGGAUAGAGGACUUGAAGAACAAGGUUUAUAUAGAGUAGUCGGAGUCGCCUCUAAGGUAAACAAACUCCUGGUGAUGGGACUCGAUAAGAGGAAAAUAGACAAGAUCAACUUGAACGAUCGUUUCGAAUGGGAGAGCAAAACUAUCACUAGCGCGCUCAAGACCUACCUGAGAAUGUUGUCCGAGCCGUUAAUGACUUUCCGUUAUUACAACAGCUUCAUUACUGCUGCGAAACAGGAGAUGAAGGAAACUCGGAUAAAUGAUAUACACAACCUCGUUUAUCGACUGCCUAAGACCAACUUCAAUAUGUUGAUUCUUCUUAUCACUCAUCUUUGCACUGUGGCAAAGAAGAGUGAUAAAAAUUUAAUGACUGUGGGAAACCUGGCGGUAUGCUUCGGUCCGACCUUGCUACGACCGGAAGAAGAAACCGUGGCCUCUAUAAUGGACAUCAAGUUUUACAAUAUCGUCGUGGAGAUAUUGAUCGAGAAUUGCGAAAAAAUAAUAGCCGGACCACCUCAAGACCUUUCAUCGCGUAUAACGGCGGUGCAAGCCACCGUAAUCCCGAGUAAAUCCCAAUGUAUCAAAGUAGAGGAGGGACUUCCGACUUCCUCUGGUAACGGAACGGCCUUCUUAAGAUAUCCUUUACACACAGCUGUACCCGCUACAUCGUCGCACGCGCAUCUUGUUACGAGAUCCUACUACGACAGCCAGCCUUUAACUGUCGUUAACAAACCGUCCAGCGUCGAUGAACGAAAUAACGGGGAUUACGAGGAUUUGGAUAGUACAAGUCAUCGUAUACCAUCAUAUCUAGACAGUCGUGCUGGUCGGAUAAAAUUGACCAAUGCGAAUCUUAUGUAUCAUUCGGCCGACAAAGUGGUUCUAAGCGGUGGAAAUACGAGUAGUUCUAGCGAAUCGAUCGCGUCCGAUCCACAUCCGUUUACAAGCGAGUUGCCGGUGAAACAAAAACGUGGCACCAUGAUAUCCGUACACUAUCCUACGGCUUAUCCUCUGCGCAGUAACUCAUCGAUAUGUCCGAUUAAUACC